AUUCAACUCUCCUCGUAGAACACUGCCAUCGCAAAGCCAACUUUACCCACAAUAUCACAACAGGAACGUGGUGAAAAAUCACCUUCGCUCGAGCAAAUGAGUACAUUGGACCUGAUCAAGACAUUGUCUUCCAGGCUCGAGCAAGGUGACGCUCGCCAACACAUAGUUCAUCUCAAGGAUCUUGAAGGGCUGGCCAAGGUAGCCGAGACUAUGGUUCGCGCUAUCUGGCGCGAGCAGAACGCCCACAUCGCGAUCAACCGUUUUCCUCCGGAAGUGCUCCGGGAGAUAUUUAUGACGACCUGCACCGUCAAGCUGGCUGAAUACAGAUUUGCAUACUAUGAAUGCAGCGACAUAACGACCGUCUGGAACCCAACUUGGAUUGACAAGGGCAGAGCAGUCAGUCUCAUGCUUGUCUGCCAUCACUGGAAAGAGAUCACCUUGGGGGUUCGGGAGCUCUGGAAUGGCAUUGAGACAUAUUGGGAAUGUAACGAUCGUAUCUUGCUAAAGAGAUCCGGUCGAGGCCCGCUCAAGGUGCUGGCUUUUGACGAAUUGGAACCCUCUUGUGCUGUUGCGCAUGCUCUCCAAAAUGUGGAGCAUUCAUCCCGAAUCCAAGAGUUGUACUGGAUAUCGGGCUCAGCACGUGAGGACCUCCGAAUGCCAGCACCCUCACUGAGGUCUCUUGCAUUGCAAGGUGACUGGAAUCAUAUGCCAGAUGUAUCACUCAAACUCUUCGACAACCACACCCCAUGUCUGGAACGCCUGUCACUGUCAUAUAUGAAAUGGCUGCCCAGCAAUGCGUUCGCCAAACUGACAUUCUUGGCUCUCGAAGAUUGCCGUGUAUCUAAAGCUCCCAUCAAAUUACGCAUCUUGCUUGCUGGAACACCGAACCUAGUCGAUCUCGUCCUGCGACAUGUUUACGACCCGCACGUUCGAGCGGAAACAGAGGCUGCGGACAUGAAGCCCGUGUCGCUGACUCAGUUGCGCCGGUUACUGAUCGAUCAUGUGAAGCCCGAUGACAUCGAUUAUGUCUUCCGGGACGCUCAGCUAAACAAAGACCUGUCCAUCUCGAUCAAAAAUAUAUAUUGGCGUUAUGAAGAGCGGCGACUUUUGGAAGGGGUGUCCAGUUGGUCGUUGAACGCCUUGAAGCAACCCAAACAACUGCAUCUUCAGCAGCACAUCGCCAUCGUCACCGGAGCCUCUUCUGGUCUCCGUUUCCAGGUCGAGAGAAGCAUGACUCUGGAAGAUUGGGCUGAAUUCAACUGGCCACGGAUUCUUCCCCUUUCCAGCAUCUCGCACUUGUGCAUGUUCGAGUUGGACGCAUACAAGGAGCCCGGUCUUGAACAUGUUCGCAACCUUCUUAGGCAGAUGACCGCACUUGAGACACUAUCCGUCAACAUUGAGGGUCUGACGAAGGUCCUCGACGCACUCACACUCUCCCGAGAUCCAACCGACCCGCCUCUCUGUCCCGCACUGACGACGCUACGCAUCGCCAUCCGGAAAGAUAGUGAUUGUGACAUCAUCCUAGACUCGGUGCUCCCACACCGUGCACAGCUUAGCAUCAAGCACCUUUAUAUCGGGCUGAUCGAUCCUCAGCCUAGUCACGAACACUGGAGACCUCGUCAGACUGUGAAGGACCAGCUGCAUGGCAAAUUCGAGUCGGUGAAAUUCGAGACGCUGUUGUAUGAUAAGGCAUAUAACAUUACUUUGCCGCUGGUUUGCGAUGGGGAGGCGCAUCGUUUGUGGCCGCGCUGGCUUUAGGUGUUAUGUGAUGGAGAUGACGUGAAUUGCGGUGAGACCAAACGCACGCUCAUGCCAUCAGGGUUCCCAUCUCGGUCGCUCACCGCUUGUUACCAGAGUCAGUAAUUCCGACGCUUACAUAGCGGACAUGUAUCAGAGAGGAAAAGAAUACGUUUAUUAUGCUACGGCAGAUGUCAACCCUUGUGCAAGCGAAUGCAGGCCUUGAACUGUGAUGUAAAGAAUGUCGUGACUACGUGCUAGCCCUCCACCGUGACAAUCGCAUGCACUCAGCCGCUGUCCAUGCAUGAUGCCG